AUGAACUCUGUCCUAUGUAGAGAGGAAGUAAAUUUUGAAGAUAAAGGCCCUCUAAAGAGAAUCGUAUGUCUUCUAGAGAAUAUGCAAGGUGUCAAUAUCAUUGUUAACUCAACUGACAAAUCACUUAAACUUUCAGAUGGGGGUAAAAUAUCAAAAACAAUAUUGAGUUAUGGUGGAAAAGAAAUACAAGAAGAACUCAAUGAAAAAUAUCCCAAUGGAAUCCAACCUGGUAAAGUUGCUGUUACUAAUGGAUAUGGCCUUCCUUUUAAUUAUGUCUAUCAUUGUAGCUUGCAAGGUAUAAAUAACAGAGUUUCUCAUCAUGAAAUAAGGGAGGUUGUUGCUGAAUGUCUUCGGGAAGCUGUAGAUCGACUCAGGCAGCCAACAAUUGCAUUUCCAGCCAUUGGAACUGGUGCUAUGAACUUUCCACCAAGAACUUUGAGAGCCAUUUAUUGUGCAAUCUUAGAAUACAUGGUAGAAAAUCCAGACAAAUUGGAGGCAGCAUAUCUCAUUGUUCACCCUUCACAAACUACACUGAUUGAUUAUCUCAAAAAAAUUGACCCAGAAAAAGAAAAAAACAGACUGACAUUCCCAGUUACAUUCCCAUCAUGGUCACAAACUGAAAAUAUUCGCAGAGUUUCACUACCAAAUUCUGAUAAUAUGUAUCAAUUUGUUGAGGAAAAAUUUCUGGAGACAAUAGGUCAUGGUGUUUGGAUCAAAAAGAUUGAAAGAGUAGAAAACAAAAGACUUUUUGUUGCUUAUCAACGGUAUAAGAAUGAUCUAGUAGAUGGUGAAAGUACUGAAAAAUUCUUGUGGCACGGCACCAAGGAGGAGCAUGUUGAUAGCAUUAUUCGAUAUGGAUUUGACUGGAGGUUGACUGAACAUGCUGCAUAUGGAAAAGGUUGCUAUUUUGCUGUAAAUGCAGAGUAUUCUGACAGUGAAUCUUAUGCAACUUCAAGCAAGCAUGGAUAUAAAUAUAUGUUUCUCAGCUACGUUGUUGCAGGUGCAUCUUGUGUUGGAAAUUAUUUAUUUACUGAGGCGGAAAUUCCAGAUCAUCUUCAAUCGACAGUGAAUGAUGAAGAUAAUCCAACAAUCUAUGUUGCCUACGAUGAUGAUCAAAUGUAUCCUGCAUUUGUUGUGGUGUACAAGUAUAACUAA